UGUAUAGUUGGGUUUUAAUUGCGGUAUUUUAUAAAUGCUAGAAUAUUCCACAGGGAGAUGCGAACUUUGAGAAAUAAACACAGUUUGAUUGGUACACCCGGUAUACAAUGAAAAUUUAAUUGUUUAGCAACAAUAUUAUUACAGUGGUAUUGCUAAAGAAACAGGCUAUAACAUAUUCAAAAAAUCACUUAAAUCGGCCAACAGGUUUAGGAAAUAUGAGGCAUCAAAAAUGACCAAAUUUUUAAGUGGGCCGAUUUCUAUGCACGUAAGUUUAUUUUUUUAAAUGGUGGGCCCAAGACCUCUAAAUAAAUAUUGACGGUUUCGUAUUGGUUGUCAUCUGCAACAUACUGCCCAAAUGUUUUAUAAUAUAUCCAGAUUAAACUCGAUUAUUUUCAGUACUUUACGAUAUUAUAUAAUUUUAUAGCCCUUAAUAAAUGUAGUUUUGUGAUAAAAAUAUUUUAUAAGAAUAUAAAGUGUAUCCUUCACCAUGCUGCAGGGAUAUGCCGUUUAUGGUACGGGGCGGAUAGAUUUUAUCGUUGUUUGGCCUUGUUUGUUUUCGUAUAGGAUAUUUGCUGUCAUUGGUCCAGUGCAAUUUCAGAAAGUUUACAUAAAUACCGUAGUAGACACGAUCAAAUAAACAUGUAAAAAGGCAGUCGUCCCGGCAUUUCUUCAUCUGCUGUUACUAUUAAAUAAUCACACAGAGCUAAAUCUGGCGAAUUUUGUGGAUGAUGAAUAAAUGUGUAUCUCACUUUGUGUCUUGAAGGAAGGGAAGUUUUUGCGUUACAAAGCAAAGCGUUUUGCUUCAAAUCGGUGUCAAAAUAUUCUAGUGGACAUUCAUAGUACCUAUACAUGUUAAAUAUUGCUGCUGGACCUCUUCUGAACUAAUCAUGGUGAAUAUUAGCAUUUUUCGACUGGUAUUAGGAAUAUUGCUGCAUUUCUUCUACUAUUAUCAUUAUUAGAUAAUGACAAGAAGCUAAAUCUGGCAAAUUCUGUGGAUGAUGGACUAAUUUGUAACCCACUUGGUAUACUUUUAGUAGUACAACGACCGCUAUUUUAGUUAUGGCAUCUUCCCAGAUAGCACAGUACUUCCCGAGGACGUCUGUUUCAGGUCCCACUUAAGUCCGAAUGUCCGGGGACCUCAAUCGGACGUUCCCAGGAAUUAGAAAUCCGGACGUUCCCAGGAAGUACGUUUACGGACGUCCCCAGGACGUCUGUUUCAGGUCCCACAUAGUCAGAAUGUACUGGGACCUUAAUCGGACGUCCCCAGGAAUUACAUAUACAGACGUUUCCAGGAAGUACGAUUACAGAGGUCCCUAGGAAUUACGAAUCCAGACCGAUACAGGAAAAAUGUCAGUCUCAGAGCUGAACGGCUCCGUAUCGUGUAUAGAAAAAUUUACCAACCUUUUUUCUGGUUUUAUUUCAAAUGUGAUAACGUUUUUAGGACUUCAUUUAAUUUUUUAAUAAUCCAGAAAUUAAUUAAUUCCAUACCUCUCGCCUCUCAUCAAUAUUUUAGUUAUUUUAAUUUGUUUCGGUUGGAUGGUUGCAGUGAAUGCCUGUCAAUGCCAAUGUCAACGAUCAACGAGGUGUAGGCAGGCGUGCGUGGGUGUUUCUGUUUCUUUCUGUUUGAUUUCAUCAUUUGCUUUGGUUGGUCACUAAAUAUCAACUUGGCGAAAUUGGCGGUAAUUAAAUUAGAUAUUAUUAGCUUGAAUUCUUGGGAAUUAUGGAAGAGCAGACUUGGACUAUUGUACAGUUUCUUGAGGAUAUGUCGGUAGAAGCUGUUCCAACUUUGUGGCUUCGAGGGGACUUGUGUUAUUGGCCUCCAUAUAAGCAGGAGAAGCUGACAAGUGCUAUAAAAAAACAAGCUUUAGACACAAAUUGGUCGCAGCACAAAGUAAAAGUCUUUCGAAAUGCUACUUUUGAUAAUUAUGCGAGAGCAAGGGUCAAGGCCAAAUCAGCAGAAGACUGUAGUGCCAGUGAUCUGUAUUCCGAUCCAGACAUUGGAAAAAGGAAAAGAUUUCCAAAAGUGUUCAGCAGCUCAUCUUCAGAUGAUUCACUAAGUAAUUUGGAGUGUCCCAUAAAAGCUCCAAGAUUUAAAAAAACAAAAAUAGAACAGUAUCCAGAUACAGAGAUUUCUGAAGUCAUAGAUCUUCCCUUCACAGAAGAAAAAGAAGAUAUUCCUUCAAUGAAUGAGCCAGGGUUUUCUGGAGAACAGGUUACACACUGCUGCUUGCAACAAGAGCAUCAAGUCUUAGUGGAACUGAAGAACCAGAAUCAUAUGCUAAGAGGAAUGAUAACGGAUGUUCUCAAGAUUGUUACCGAAAUAAAACAAAAUCAGAGACCAGCAGAACAUUUGGAAACGUCGGAAUCAUUAUUUGUUAAAUAUAACAUACAAUUCCCAAUUAAGUCAGAAGAAGACUUUCUGCAACUUGAUACAAUCCUCCUUGAAGAUUAUAAUUAUAACAAUGCCGUAAAAGAAUUAUCAAAAUUUGGCGGGUCGAGCCCUUACAAUUUUAUAAAAAGAGUUAUGUCAACUAUAUUGUCAGACAAUCUGAUUAUCGAGUACAGUUGGCUGGGUCGUAAGGGGAAACGCAGCCUUGAAAGUACGAUGGUGGGAAAGCUGUUUGUAUCUGCAGCUGACAAAAGUGGCAUUUCGCCAAAUAAAAAAAAAACAGAGGAAGCCAUCAGAAGCUACAUGAAAAGGGGAAAGGAGAGGCUGACAGCCAAAGAAAAUAAAAAUAUGGUUUAAGAUGAAUACUAUUAUUUGUUAAAUUUUAAUAAAAACUUGUUUGAAAUA